AUGAAAAAGUUGGAUGUUAUUGAAUACGUGGAUUUAUCUCAAAACCAAAUUGAUGGAAGUAUUCCAAGCAUCAUUGGAGCUUUCCAACACCUCAGUUAUCUUGACUUGUCCAUGAACUCAUUUGAAGAAGACAUUCCUCAAUCUUUUGGAGACUUGAAAGGAUUGGAUAUGUUAAACCUCUCGUACAAUAAUCUCUCAGGUACAAUUCCAAAAUCUCUUGAGGUACUUUCACAUCUCAAGUAUUUGAAUGUGUCUUUCAAUAAGCCAUCAGGACAGAUUCCAUACAAUGGGUUUUUUGCAAACUUCACAGCCGAGUUAUUCCUAGGGAUCCUUUCUGACGGGACCAUUGUUGUUGUCAAAGCUCUAAAUUUGCAAUUAGAUGUUGCUUUCAAAAGCUUUGAUGUGGAAUGCAAGGUUUUACGAACAAUUCGGCAUAGGAAUCUUGUUAAAGUCAUAAGUACAUGCUCCAACCCAGAGUUCAGAGCUUUGAUACUACAGUACAUGGCUAAUGGCAGCCUUGAAAGGUACUUAUACCACCAAAACUAUUGCUUGAAUCUUCUCCAAAGGGUAAACAUCAUGAUUGAUGUUGCAUUAGCAUUGGAAUAUCUCCAUCAUGAUCAGUCGGAACCCGUGGUGCAUUGUGAUUUGAAGCCUAACAAUAUCCUGUUGGAUGAGGACAUGGUUGCACAUAUGAGUGAUUUUGGCAUUGCAAAGAUUUUAGUCGAAAACAAGGACACAACACAAACCAAAACUCUUGGGACACUUGGCUACAUUGCACCAGAGUACGGCUAUGAGGGAAAAGUGUCUAUAAAAGGGGACAUGUAUAGCUAUGGCAUCAUAUUGUUGGAGAUGAUGACAAGGAAGAAACCCACGGACGAGAUGUUUGUUGGAGAAUUGAAUUUGAGGCUAUGGAUAAACGCAUCACUUCCUGACAGAACGAUUGAGGUUGUGGACGACUGUUUAUUAAGAAUUGAAGAUGAGAGAGAUGCCAUUGAUUUGCAAAGUGUAGUUUUGUCCAUCCUGGAAUUAGGCAUGAAGUGCUCUGAAGAGUGGGAUAAAAGACCUGAAACGAAAGACGUACUUACCGCACUUAAUAAAAUCAAAUCCACCGUACUUGGAAACAGAAACAGGGGUGUCCGAGGUCUUUGAUCCCCAUUUUGUGUGGGUUUUCCUUUCGAUUCCAAAAAGAUAAAGACUUGCGUGUUAGUAAUGUUAUAUGUAACUUUUCAUAGUUAAAGACAUGGCUUGAGACUUCCUAGCAUCUUGUCAUUGAACAUUUCGUCUUCUUCCUUCUCCAUGUGCUUUUUUCGUUAAGAUAAUUUAUUUUAUCGUUCCAUGUAGAAUGAAGAAGCUGCAUGAUUAGCUUUUUUUCU